CCAAAAAUCAACAUGUUUAGUUUAUUCAAAUACUCCCUCAUUGUUUUUUUAAACAUUGUUCAUACAUCCAUGGGGCUUCAUGGGGCAUGUUCAAAUGGUUCAGAUGGAAGCCCCUUGGAGUGUUGUGAAAACUAUCGAGCCGUUGGGAACUCUUGUGAAGAAUGUUGGCCGGGAACUCAUGGUGUAGAUUGUAGAAACGACUGCCCGCCUAACUUCUACGGCAGAUUAUGCUUAGAGAAAUGUGGCUGUGAACCAUGUGAUAGAGUCAUAGGAUGCUCAAUUACAACUGAUACGAGUAGUAAGAAGUCUGCUUCGGGGGAAGAUGAAAGUUCAACGAACUCUUCAACAUGGCUUACGUUGUCAGUCUUAGCAUCUUGUUUCGUUAUCUGUUUUAUUUUCUCUCUACGAAUCUUCUGUAUAAUUCGGUAAAUGAAAACAUGAUAUAUAUCUUAUUUCACUAAGAUUGAAAAUGCAAUAUUGAUGUUUAUUUAUGCUUCAUAAAUUGAAUUGGUUGAAAUAAUUAUGCUUGCAGACGGAUACCUACUUCAAAACCAACAUAUCUGGCCGAAUAUGGUAGUUAAACAUUUCUAAUCACUUUAAAAGCUACACAGAACUUGACAGAUCCCAAAAACAUGACAGAAUUAAGCACUCAAAAUGUUUAUGGUCAUGUAGACUUAAUAUAUAGAGAUUACAAAAGUCUUCAACUGACAGCGUUGGAUAAUAUGAUCACUUGCAAAUCAAGAUUAAAAAUUCGACUCCUUUUAGAAAUACUAAACAAAAGUGGAUAACGGUACAUCUCAGAUGGUGUCUACAGUUUCAAACAUUGUUAAAACAGGGAACGUUGAAUUAAAAAAUGCAAUCAAAUACAAGAAAAUUAAAAAAACAAG